GUAUUUCACAAGUCAAAGUGACUUGGUAUAAUUGGCUAAACAGUGACAUUUUUUACAUAUAAAUAUUUGACCGUUUGGUGUAUUUAUAUAUCUAUAUCCCUAGAUACAUACCCAUACGUACACCCUUCUCCCUCUCCAUAUAUAAUACUUUUCAGGCCACCCUGAAAUAAUGGUGAAUGGCAACCAUGGUGGUGAUUCUUCUUAUUCCGGUGAGGUGACGAGCAACCACCGUUGGAGUCUGGAAGAUUAUGAUGAUAAUAAGGUCACGGAUAGCGUACAUGAGGCUGCAAAUGAGGAUCACGUCAAGUUCUUGAGGAGAAUAAAAGAAAGAUUUCACAGGGAUGGAAUUGAGACACCAAAGAUUGAAGUGAGAUAUGAGAACUUAUCAGUUGAAGGAGAAGCUUAUGUGGGUGAUAGAGCUCUUCCAUCUCUUUAUAAUGUCACUUUAAACUUUAUUGAGAACAUACUGCAAUCGACUGGGCUCGCUCCUUCGAAGAAGAGAAACGUGAAGAUCCUUCAAUCCAUUAAUGGGAUUAUCAGUCCAUCAAGGUUGACACUACUUUUAGGUCCACCCGGAGCGGGAAAAACCACAUUGUUGCUAGCACUUGCUGGGAAACUCGAUCACGAUCUCAAAGUGUCUGGAAAUGUUACCUACUGCGGCCACCAAUUCCACGAUUUUAUUCCUCAACGUACAUGUGCUUACGUAAGUCCACAUAACCUUCAUACUGGUGAGAUGACGGUUAGAGAAACAUUGGAUUUUUCAAGACGAUGCUUGGGGGUUGGGCCAAGAUAUAAACUACUUACAGAUAUCUUGAGGAUGGAGAAAGAAGCUGGAACCAAAGCUGACCCUGAUAUUGAUGCAUUCAUAAAUGUUACAACACUUCCAGGAAGAGAAACCAGUUUGAUAAGUGAUUAUAUUAUAAAGAUACUUGGGCUGGAAACGUGUGCUGAUUCUAUGGUUGGUGAUCAAAUGAGAAGAGGUAUCUCUGGUGGAGAAAAGAAACGUCUCACUACUGGAGAGAUGUUAGUUGGGCCAGCAAACGUGUUUUUCAUGGAUGAAAUAUCGACUGGAUUGGACAGCUCAACCACUUGUCGAAUCACCAAGUUCUUAAGACAGAUGGUUCAUGUAAUGGACUUAACAAUGGUCAUAUCUCUUUUGCAACCUGACCCUGAGACAUACAAGCUUUUUGAUGAUGUCAUAUUGAUGUCAGAAGGCCACAUUGUGUAUCAAGGCCCUUGCCAAAACGUUCUUGAGUUUUUUGAGUGGAUGGGAUUUAAGUGCCCAGAAAGGAAGGGGGUAGCUGACUUCCUUCAAGAAGUAAUUUCAAAGAAAGACCAAAAACAAUACUGGUUCAGGAAAAAUCAACCUUAUCAAUUUAUCACAAUCUAUGAAUUUUCGCACGCGUUCAAGUCUUUUCACAUUGGACAGAAACUUGAAACAGAUAUUCAUAUUCCAUAUGAUAAAUCCAAAACACAUCCCGAUGCUUUGGUAAAAGAAAAAUAUGGAACAUCAAAUCUUGAAUUACUGAAAGCGUGCUUCGAUAGGGAAUGGUUGUUAUCGAAGCGUAAUUCUUUUUUGUACAUAUUCAAGUCGUUCCAGUUGACAUUUAUGUCAUUGGUAGGCAUGGCCAUGUUUUUCAGAACUGAAAUGCAUGUGGGAAGUUUAGAAGAUGGAGGGAAGUUUGUUGGUGCACUUUUCUUUGGCCUCCUUAUUGUGAUGUUUAAUGGGAUGGCUGAUCUUGCAUUGACAGUCAUGCGGCUUCCAGUAUUUUAUAAACAAAGAGAUGUGUUGUUGUAUCCCGCAUGGGCUUUUGCUCUUCCCAUUUGGGUGCUUAGAAUCCCCUUAUCUAUUAUGGAAUCAGGUAUUUGGGUGGUUCUUACAUAUUACACUAUAGGCUUUGCUCCAGGUUUCACCAGGUUUGCUCAACAGUUCUUGACUUACUUUGCCAUACAUCAAAUGGCUCUCUCCCUUUUCCGAUUGAUUGCUGCUGUUGGAAGAACAGAAGUACUCUCAAACACUUUGGGUGCCUUUACCCUAUUGCUGAUAGUCACCCUUGGAGGAUUCAUAAUAGCAAAGGAUGAUAGUAAGCCAUGGAUGUCGUGGGGAUUCUAUGUCUCUCCUAUGAUGUAUGCACAGAAUGCCUUGGUUCUAAAUGAAUUUCUUGACAAAAGAUGGAGUGCUCCCAAUAUUGAUCCGCGAAUUAAUGCAUCAACAGUUGGGAAAGCCCUUCUCAAAUCAAGAAGCUUUUAUACAGAGGAGCACUGGUUCUGGAUAUCUGUUGGAGCACUCCUUGGGUUUUCGAUUAUCUUCAACAUAUUAUUUAUUGUAGCACUAACUUUCCUGAAUCCCCUUGGUGAUGCUAAACCUGUGAUCAGAGAGGAAAAUGUCAAUGAAGGUACUGAUAUGGUCGUGAGAAGCAGUUCAGGAAGAAACAUCUCAACCGUUAAAAGAAGAGGAAUGGUUCUACCAUUUCAACCUCUUUCACUUGCUUUCAACCAUGUGAACUACUACAUAGAUGCGCCUUAUGAAAUGAAGGCUAGAGGGGUUAAAGAUUGCCGACUGCAAUUGCUCAAUGAUGUUAGUGGUGCUUUUAGACCAGGGAUAUUGACUGCACUUAUAGGAGUUACUGGUGCUGGAAAGACAACCUUGAUGGAUGUGUUAGCAGGUCGUAAGACUGGUGGAUACAUUGAAGGAAAUAUCUUUGUUUUAGGAUACUCAAAGAAUCAAUCAACAUUUGCUCGUGUUAGUGGUUAUUGUGAACAAAAUGAUAUUCACUCACCAAAUGUCACUGUUUAUGAAUCUCUUUUAUAUUCUGCAUGGCUUCGCCUAUCUUCAGAAGUUGAUACAAGUACACGCAAGAUGUUCGUUGAUGAACUGAUGGAACUAGUAGAGCUUCAUCCUUUAAGGAAUGGAAUUGUUGGGCUUCCAGGUGUAAAUGGUCUUACGAUAGAGCAACGGAAGAGGUUGACAAUAGCAGUAGAGUUGGUGGCGAAUCCAUCCAUCAUCUUCUUGGAUGAACCAACAUCUGGUCUUAAUGCUAGAUCUGCAGCCAUUGUUAUGCGUACUGUAAGAAACACAGUUGACACGGGGAGAACUGUUGUUUGCACAAUUCACCAACCAAGCAUAGAUAUUUUCGAAUCUUUUGAUGAGUUACUUUUGAUGAAAAUUGGAGGACAAAUUAUCUACGCUGGACCAUUAGGUGACCGGUCUCACAAGCUUGUGGAAUAUUUUGAAGCUAUUUCAGGGGUGCCAAAGAUCAAGAAUGGUUAUAAUCCUGCUACAUGGGUAUUGGAAGUGACUUCUUCUUUAGCUGAAAUUCAACUUAAUGUUGACUAUGCUCAGAUUUAUGCCAAUUCCACCCUCUAUCAGGACAAUCAAAAACUAAUUGCGGAACUUAGUGUCCCACCAAGUGGUUCCAAGGAUCUCUCUUUUAGAACCAAGUACACACAACCGUUUAUCAUACAAUGCAAAGCGUGUUUGUGGAAACAACACUGGUCGUAUUGGAAGAACCCGCAAUAUAAUGUCAUUCGCUUUGUUGUUACAAUCGUCAUUGCUGGUCUAUUUGCUGCUAUUUUCUUCAAAAAGGGUGAAAAGAUACAUCAACAACAAGAUCUUCUGGAUUUGUGUGGAGCUUUGUAUGUUGUUGUUCUCUUCCUUGGAGCAAUAAAUCAAAACUCAGUGCAGCCUAUUGUUUCUGUAGAGAGAACAGUUUUCUUUCGCGAAAGAGCUGCGGGGAUGUAUUCAUCCUUACCUUAUGCACUUGCCCAGGUGACCAUAGAGUCGUUAUAUAUUGCUAUUCAAACUAGUAUUUACACCUUUUUUUUGUACCCGAUGAUGGGGUUCGAGUGGACAGCUGCUAAGUUUUUGUGGUUCUACUACUAUAUGUUUAUGAGCUUUAUCUACUUCACUUUAUUUGGUAUGAUGACUGUGGCAUUGACACCAAACCCCCAAAUAUCUGCUGUUUUGAUAUACUUUUUCAUCUGCCUUUGGAACUUGUUCUCUGGAAUCAUCACCCCAAAACCGCAAGCACCAAUAUGGUGCAGGUGGUAUUACUGGGCAAACCCUUUCAGCUGGACAAUCUACGGCCUCAUAACCAGCCAACUUGGUGAUGAAAAUUACAUGUUGGAGGUGCCUGGAUCUGGUAACAUGACUGUGAAAGGCUUCAUCAAAGAACGCUUCGGGUACGAGUAUGAAUUCCUUCUUGUGGUGGCAAUAGCACAUGUUGGUUGGAUCCUUCUAUUUUUCUUUGCUUUCGUGUAUGCCAUCAAGUUCCUCAAUUUCCAACAUAGAUAACAUCUGGUUAUUCAUUUAUAUAUAUGUAAUCAUUUUGUUUCUCCAUGAAAGCUCACAAGAUAGAGUGAAUAAUGGUCAACAUCUGUAAAACAUCAAAGGAACGUUUACGAUUUAUGCCAAUAAUAGAGGUCUAAGUAGAGUAAUAAUAAGCAGUCGAUCUUAGUAUAUAUUAAGGGUUUAAGCAUUAAUCACACAAGAACAAAACAAAGUAUGUCAGGAUUCAUGUCAAUCUUUUGGUCCAAUUGGUGUAAAGUUUGAUUUUGUGUAAUUUGAUGUAGUUUG